AUGAGUCAACAACCAAAUCAACCAAACAGCAAUCAAAAACGUACCACUUUUGACAUUCUUGGUCAUAAAGAUCAAUUGAAUGACUUAAAUUAUGACAAACAUAAAAUUCCAGAAGAAUUAACUAAACAAAAUUUUGUACUUUUUAAUCAACAAUAUUUAUCUUAUUCUAAUGGACUUCAAUUAAGAGAUGUUCAUAAGGGUGAUUUAACAUAUACGACUUAUAAACAUAAAGUCAAAUUUGUUGAUGAUGAAGGUAAUAAAUCAGUUGCAUCUGGAUCUGAAAGUGAAAGAAAAUAUCCAACCAGUUAUAAAUGA